GAUUAUACUUUAACCAUGUAUUUCCAACAAUAUUGGAGAGAUAAAAGGCUUGCCUACUCUGGGAUCCCUCUCAACCUCACGCUUGACAACCGAGUGGCUGACCAGCUGUGGGUGCCUGACACGUAUUUCCUAAAUGACAAAAAGUCGUUUGUACACGGAGUGACAGUGAAGAACCGCAUGAUCCGCCUGCACCCCGACGGGACGGUGCUGUACGGGCUCAGAAUCACCACCACCGCUGCGUGCAUGAUGGACCUCAGGAGGUACCCGCUGGACGAGCAGAACUGCACUCUGGAAAUCGAAAGCUAUGGCUACACCACGGACGACAUUGAAUUCUACUGGCGUGGCGGGGACAAGGCUGUCACUGGGGUGGAGAGGAUUGAGCUGCCGCAGUUCUCCAUCGUGGAGCACCGGCUGGUCUCCAGGAACGUCGUCUUCGCCACCGGUGCCUACCCUCGACUCUCGCUGAGUUUCCGGUUGAAGAGAAACAUCGGGUACUUCAUCCUGCAGACAUACAUGCCCUCCAUACUGAUCACCAUCCUCUCGUGGGUGUCCUUCUGGAUCAAUUACGACGCGUCUGCGGCUCGAGUCGCCCUCGGGAUCACAACCGUGCUGACCAUGACCACCAUCAACACCCACCUUCGGGAGACCUUGCCCAAAAUCCCCUACGUCAAAGCCAUUGACAUGUACCUCAUGGGCUGCUUUGUCUUUGUGUUCCUGGCCCUUCUGGAGUACGCCUUCGUCAACUACAUUUUCUUUGGAAGAGGCCCUCAAAGGCAGAAGAAGCUUGCUGAGAAGACAGCCAAGGCGAAGAAUGACCGUUCCAAGAGCGAAAGCAACCGGGUGGACGCUCAUGGAAACAUUCUGUUAACAUCGCUGGAGGUUCACAACGAGAUGAACGAGGUUGCGGGCGGCGUCGGAGAGACCAGGAAUUCAGCAAUAUCCUUUGACAACUCAGGAAUCCAGUACAGGAAACAGAGCAUGCCCAGGGAAGGGCAUGGGCGGUACAUGGGAGACAGAGGCAUCCCGCACAAGAAGACCCACCUUCGGAGGAGGUCUUCGCAGCUCAAAAUUAAGAUCCCCGAUCUAACCGAUGUGAAUGCCAUAGACAGAUGGUCCCGGAUCGUGUUUCCAUUCACUUUUUCUCUUUUCAACUUAGUUUACUGGCUGUACUAUGUUAACUGAGUGACUGUACUUGAUUUUUCAAAGACUUCAUUUAACACUGAGUGAAAUAUUACCCUGCCUGUCAAGUUUUUAUACUUGUACACACACAGACACACACACGCAGACACACACAUAUAUACAUACACAACUGUAUAUAUAUGUGGACUUUCUCAGCAUAUAUAUAAAAUACAAGUGUCUAUGUGGAUGUAUGUGUAUAUGUUCAUACACACAGGUGUGAGCACCCAUGUGUAUGUCUUUAUAUACACAUGCAUACAUACAUUUUGCAGCUACGGACAAUUUAACACAGGAUACAUAUUAAAGAACGUCAUAGUUUUUUCUUUUUUCAUUGAAAGGGACAAGUAUCAUCUAAAUAUUAUGCCUUGAGAAUGAGGGCGUGAAAGACAACACCAUUCCAAAAGUGUGUCUUUUAUUAUCAUAAGUUAGAUGUUUUAGUUGAAAACUCAGAGAGACAUUCUUAGUUAAUUUUUGGAAACUCAUACAGUGGUACUGCUAGUUUAAUUCGAGUCUCGCACUUCAGAUCCUCUUUUUCAGUUUACCAAGCAGAGGCUUGUUGGCUUUCCUGGUGACUGGUUUUGUUUCCUCGGGUACACUUUCUCUGCCCUGGUUUAGCAGGUGAAGUGUUCGCCCGCUGUCUUAAGCGUAGGUAGAUCCCACGUUGACGUCCUCACGUCCACCUCUGGAAUCCCAUCGGGAGCGAAUGGCAUCUCCUUGUAAGUACUCACUACCCUGCGUGACUAGGGUUUUUCUCUUCCCUGGAGUGGCUCCAGCCUAACUGUCGUGUGGGAACACAGUGGCAUGUAUUGGCAACGGCGUUUCAAUCCUUGAAAACGUGUUCUACACCUCGUCUGGAUUCCUAGGCCUGAUAUCUAAUAGAAAGCAUAGAAGUCUCAGGUUCUUUGUUACAUCUAGGAUGAUCUCCCCCUUGCAGUUAUGUUAUCGAUCAUUCUUAUAACAUUGUAUGUUAAUAUAAAAUAUAUUUGCAUAAUAUGCAUACAUAUGUAUAUUUACCAAGAUUUUGUUUCUUAUGCUUGCUAUCAUGGCAGCAUGCGGUGUCAUAUUUUUUGUUAUGUGAUGUAACUACUUUCUGUUAUCUAGAAAUUAAGAUUGAAGCUAAGCACUUCUACUGUUCGCUUUCAGAAACUAAGAAACAUCCUCACGCCUUUAUUUUGUAUCUGACAUAUCUCAUAAGCACAUCCAGCCACUCCUAGGCCAACUAGGAAUCUGCAGGAACACGACCAGUACACACACCACGCACCACCCAUGACCCGUGACCGUGCUCUGAGGCUGAGGAAGCGACCUGACUUCCGGUUCCUUCGACCCACAGCCUCAGCAGUAUUUGAACUUUUUAAAGCUCGCAGAAACAAGACAAGGUGCACCGGUUUCAUAGACGCAACCUUAACUUACUAUUUAGAUGAGAUCUUUCUAAAGAAAAAAAGAUGAUAUAUUUUUUGUAAACAAUAUUUCUAUCACAGGCAUCCAUAAACUGAUAUGACUACAGUUGUGCAAACAGGCGUCACAGUGAAGUUAAGCAUUUGGAGGACAAAAUAAAAAGCAGAAUAUGCAGGAAAGAACUACUACAUUAAUAGUUUAUCAGAAAAUGCCACACAUGCUUCACCCCCUCUGUUCUGUCCUUAAUGAAUGGCCGUAGUCUGGCCUAGUGCUCACAAGGCUGGUGCCACAGGGCCAGCACUGCCCCUGCGAGGACGCCUGGCACACUGUCACCAAGUUGGCCACACCUUGGUUUUGCUCCGGUGACCAUAGCAGCCUUUAACUGUGGGAGCCUGUGCCAGUUCAAAACCCACCGUCAGAUAAAACAUAAUCCACAAAAGUCUCAUGCGAGAGGCAAUGACUGAUUUUUAUGCCCUCUUCCCUCUUACAUUCCUGUCUUUCUUCAAAGUCUUCUCCUAACUGCUGCUCUCUGAUUUUAUUUUCUCUGGAGACAAGCCAAGGAUUUCGUGGUCUUUGGCAUCUCUCUGGCAAUUUUUUUUCCUGGGAAACAAUGGGUGGGGGAUUCUAAAAGUCAAACAGUUUGGGAAUAAGCCUUGUAAGUGGCCUUAUCAUUGUUAAUAUGUUAAAGAAAAAGGAGACAUUUGUGAAGACCUUCUCCCUUUCAAAGCUUCAGGUAUCUUUUUCUGUACCCAGAAAUUCAAAGUGUGAGUUCCUCAUCAGAGCAGGGACCCCAAAAUGCAAGUGAACAUGGACAAAAGCAGCUGGUGAUCAAUUUAAGUGUAUAAUUUAUACUAUUCAGAACUGUGAUAUUCAUUUCUUUCUGGGAGAAAAAUGAUUCAAAACUUUUGUUAUGCAUAGUUGAGGUACCCAAAUAUGAAAGGUGGAGACCCCGCGGGGCUCAGGAGAGUGGCGGUCCACUUCCUGAGGUUUUCUGAAUAUAAAUCUGCAUGGUAUAGUCAUAAUAGCUUUUGAGCUUUUUAUAUACAUUUGGCACCAAGACUGGGGAUCCACAACUUUGUAGACACUGCGAUGAAGCUAACAUAGUAGCUAUAAUAUAAAUAGUGUUUGUUACCACACACACACAAUACACACACCUACAUGCAUACAUACAUACAUAUAUUAUGUAAAAAAAACUUUUUAAGAUUCUUGGGUAUGUGUUUGCUUUACUCCAUUUAAGAAGAAAAUUACUUUUCUUCUAAUAAAAUUAUUUUAUAGCUUCUCCAUUUUUAAAAGUUGUGAGUAGUAUUGAGAAGAGAACUCCGCUGUGUUAAAGGAAGAGACUUCAGUGUGAUUCUGUUCUGUUCAGUGACCUCCUCUCCCACAGUAGUUACGUGAGCCCAUGAGUGGGCUGUGGUGGGGGACUUAGAACCCAGGCCUCUGACAUGAUGGGAGGUGGCUGUCGCCUACACCAAAGACCUCUGGAGUAAGGAGAAAAGUUCAAUUUGGGAUUCAAUGAGAUUUCUUUCUCCACAACCAAAAGUAAUAAACUGUUCAUUUCUCAGUAGUCCUGUCUUUCCCGAGUGCUUCCUUCACAGGAGGCUUAGAAUGCACAGAACAGUCUUGUGGUGACAGUCUGUGAUUGCCCUGAGACAACUCAAGAGUCCCCUGUAGAGUCCUGCCGAGAAAGACUGGUCAGACUUGAGUCAUCUUUAACAUGAGCGUCACUUCUCUCCACCAACCCCAGACUGUGGAGGGGUUUUGCUGUCUAUACCAUGAGAAAUUCAUUCCCCUCUAUCUCCCAUGAACUAGAGAGUAGAUCAUGAUAAUAUUUCCACUAGGUUUUCAGUGACAUGUCCUGUAGUGACAUGAGUUUUUAGUGCCACCAUGGGAACCUUGACAUCGUUGGUCCCUCCCAUCAAAGACACUUCCCUCCUGUCCAAACAUGGAAUGAACGUCUUCACCAAGGUGAUCAUCUCAGAGCUGACACCAUACACACUUGGGACUGGCUUUAAGGGGACAGACACACUGCAGUGUAGAUGUUCGUGUUCAGCAUCUACAAGAUAAUCUUUUGGUGUUUGUCCCAACACAGCAUUUUCUAAAAAGAGAUGUGUCUAACUUCAACUCUCCUGGCUUGAUAGUAUAAACCAUUCCACAACUCUUAUUUUAAUGUUCCACCUGAAAACCAGUUCGUAUUUCUGGCUGUUUUGUGUAAACAAAACUUGAGAAAUGGCUGAAAUGUUUUGUUACUCUUGGAAUGGGCUCAGGCUCCCCUCUUACCACGAGCCCUCCACCAGAGUAAUAUUGGGCAAAGAGCUGGCCAGGUGGAUUAAAAUUUCCUAGGACACUAGAUAGUGUGCCUUGGAUCAAUUACCUCUUCUACUGCAUUGAAAGGUGCCAUGUUUCCUGAAAUACUAAAUUCCCGACACCUGGAUACACUGCAGCCUCCCGGAGAGUGGCUCACAAACCACCCCAGACCGCGCCUCUCCCUAGGGGCAGCCCCAGGAGCCUGUUUUGUCAUCCUUGUGUCACUUUUCCAUUUCACAAGUCAGUGAGUGUUUAAGGUAAGUACAGGAUCACUCUGGUAGGAACAGGCGAUGCUGUCAGGACCAAUUCCCACGUCGAUUUCAUUUCACUGUAAAGAUAAAUUUAAACCCGGUUUUGCUUAAGCACAUUGAUGUAAUUUUUUGGUAUUAUAUGACAUGAAAACAAAACAGCAAAAUUGAGUGAUAGAUAACAAUAUGAAACUUGUUGAUGAAUGAAUUCAAAUUUAUUAAAAAAGGACUAACUGACUUAAA